GACGGAGACGCCGGUGACGAGGACGGAGGUCACAUUUGUCACCGGAGACACCACCGAAGGCCAAAAAUAGCCCCAAACACGUGAUGGGACCCAAAGGGCUUUGGAGUGACCUUUGGAGAUCCCUCGAGUUCCAGUGGAGCUUCGUUAGCGGGAGAUGGGGCAGAACCAGGGGGGCAACAGCGACCCCGAGCCCAGCGGUCCGUCCCCGCUGGAGAGGGGUCUCCACGCCGUGGUGGGGACCUUCUACCGGUACGCGAGAGUGGUCCCCGGGGGGGCGGAGCCCGGCCUGGACCCGCCCACCUUCCAGCAGCUUCUGCGCCGCGAGUUGGGCCACCAGCUCAGCAACACGGGUCACCCCGAGGCGGUGGCCGCCAUCUUCUCAUUCUUGGACGCCAACGGGGACCGGGUCAUCUCCUUCGACGAGUACUGGCAGCUGGUGGCCUGGUUGUGCCACGUCCUUCGUCAUCGGCACUAUGGGGCCACCACGGUCCCACCACCACCCCCGACCUUCUCUGGAGUCACCGCGGCCACCAACGGGGACCACCCCAACGCCUCCCCGGUGGCCCCAGACCGCGGGGAUGGACAACAGUGACGAUUGGCCGUGAAGGGACAGGGAGGGCCCCACGGUGAAGGUCCCCUCGUCCUCCAGCCCGUGAAGGGGGUGGAGAUGUCCUCAAGGUCCUUCAACCCAUGAUGGGGACGGGGAUGUCCUCAAGGUCCUUCAACCCAUGAUUGGGACAGGAAUGUCCCUGAGGUCCUUCACCCCAUGAUGGGGACAGGAACGUCCCUGAGAUCCUUCACCCCAUGAUUGGGACAGGAAUGUCCCUGAGGUCCUUCACCCCAUGAUGGGGACAGGAACGUCCCUGAGGUCCUUCACCCCAUGAUGGGGACAGGAACGUCCCUGAGAUCCUUCACCCCAUGAUGGGGACAGGAACGUCCCUGAGAUCCUUCACCCCAUGAUGGGGACAGGAACGUCCCUGAGAUCCUUCACCCCAUGAUGGGGACAGGAACGUCCCCGAGGUCCUUCACCCCAUGAUGGGGACAGGAAUGUCCUUGAGAUCCUUCACCCCAUGAUGGGGACAGGAACGUCCCUGAGAUCCUUCACCCCAUGAUGGGGACAGGAACGUCCCUGAGAUCCUUCACCCCAUGAUGGGGACAGGAACGUCCCUGAGGUCCUUCACCCCAUGAUGGGGACAGGAACGUCCCCGAGGUCCUUCACCCCAUGAUGGGGACAGGAAUGUCCUUGAGAUCCUUCACCCCAUGAUGGGGACAGGAACGUCCCUGAGAUCCUUCACCCCAUGAUGGGGACAGGAACGUCCCUGAGGUCCUUCACCCCAUGAUGGGGACAGGAACGUCCCCGAGGUCCUUCACCCCAUGAUGGGGACAGGAACGUCCCUGAGGUCCUUCACCCCAUGAUGGGGACAGGAACGUCCCUGAGGUCCUUCACCCCAUGAUUGGGACAGGAACAUCCCUGAGAUCCUUCACCCCAUGAUGGGGACAGGAACGUCCCUGAGGUCCUUCACCCCAUGAUGGGGACAGGAACGUCCCUGAGGUCCUUGACCCCAUGAUGGGGACAGGAACGUCCCUGAGGUCCUUCACCCCAUGAUGGGGACAGGAACGUCCCUGAGGUCCUUCACUCCAUGAUGGGGACAGGAAUGUCCCUGAGGUCCUUCACCCCAUGAUGGGGACAGGAACGUCCCUGAGGUCCUUCACCCCAUGAUGGGGACAGGAACGUCCCUGAGGUCCUUCACUCCAUGAUGGGGACAGGAAUGUCCCUGAGGUCCUUCACCCCAUGAUGGGGACAGGAACGUCCCUGAGGUCCUUCACCCCAUGAUGGGGACAGGAAUGUCCCUGAGGUCCUUCACCCCAUGAUGGGGACAGGAACGUCCCUGAGGUCCUUCACCCCAUGAUGGGGACGGGAAAAAGCACCUUUUUCCCUCUCAUUCCUCACUUUUUUCCUCAGAAAUGGCCUUUUUCUCUCUCAAAUCUUCGUUUUCUGGAAAAAAAUGAAUUAUUUUCUCAAAAAACCCUUUUUUCCCCUCGAAAACCACUGCAAACUUCUAUUUUUAUCAAAUAAAUCCUUCAUUUCCCCUCAAAACUCCCCUUUUUUCUAUCAAAACCCCUCUUUUUCCUCCCCAAAAGCACUUUUUUUCCCCCAUAACUCUUCACUUUUUUCCAGUUCCUCAAAUUUUCCCUCUAAUUUCUCACUUUUUCUCAGAAAUGGCCUUUUUGUCCCUCAAAUCUCUUUGUUUCCUGGAAAAAAAAUGAAUUCUUUUCUCAAAAACGCUCUUUUUCCCUCAGGAAAUCGCUGCAAACUCCAAUUUUUAUCAAAUAAAUCCUUUUCUUCCCCUCAA